AUGAGUUCAAAGCAAGAAGAGCCUAACCAAGUUCGCAAGUCAUCAAGGCAAAAGAAAAUGACGGAGAACUUUAAAGAAAUGUUAUAGGAAAUCAAAGAAUAAAAACCAUCAAGCAAGAAAUCAGAUUAAAAGUAGGAGAAGUAUUCACAAAAGAAAAUAUAAGAAUAAAAGAAAGGUAAGUCAUACGACAAUGUUUUAGUGUAUGAAUAUGGGUUCACGACUGAUUGGGUAGACUGCAUCUAUCCACAUGAUAAUGGAUAAACUUUUGAUCUCUAAAUUCAAUUCUGUGUUCUAAAACCCAAAAAGCCAGCUUUAAAAAAAUAAAAAAAGGAAUAAACAGAAGAAGGAAUUAUGUCAUUGAUUCAAAACCUAUUGACUAAUCUUAGUUAGAAUCCAGAAUAAGUAAAAAGAUAAAAUGAUUCCUAAAUACAGAGGGUUUAGACAACAAAUGAAGGGAUAAUUGUUUAUCACCCUUAUUUUAAGAAAAUUGAGUAUCAGAGCAAGAAACCUCAAUAGACUGAUAGGAUUGAGACCUCUCCUGAGUUGGAAAUGUUGCAGUAAAAGUUUGAAUCCAUCAAAAAGACUUUUAGACCUCUUAUACUCAUUUGA